AUGAGUUCCUACAGACAGGUCUGCAACUACGGCAGCUACUCACCUUGUGAAGUGAGCUGCCCCCAGCCCUACGCCAGCGCCUGCAGCCAGCCCUGCGUCGCAUCCUGUGGGGACUCCCGUGCCGUGGUCUACCCACCACCCGUGGCCAUUGUCUUCCCAGGCCCCAUCCUCAGCUCCUGCCCUCAGGAGAGCAUCGUUGGCAGCUCAGCCCCACUGGGGAUUGGCAGCUCCUUUGGCUAUGGAGGCUCCUUGGAAGGCCAGAGCUCCUUCGGGUCUGGUGCCUCCCAGGGUGGCAGGUUCUCCUACCCCUGCUAUUCCCGCAAGUACACCACUUACAGUCGUGGGAGCUGUGGGCCCUGUUAA